AAUCACCGAAGUAAACCUCCAGGAAAAAGAUAACAUGAUCCACGCUCUUCUUGAGAACACGACUUCCCGUAUUUUUCAUAAGCUCAACAUGACAGAAAUUCAGCUUCAGAUGAGCGACAAAGAUCUAUCUUCUUCCCUAACGGAAACAAGAGAAAAUCUAACCACAAAGAUGCGUGAUGCGGAGCAGAGAUUGCAAAAUAACAUUGAAAAUUCAAGCCGAACUCUGAGUGACAAGGUAGAUUCAGUCAACGAUGAUCUUAACAAGACACGAAACCACCUAAUAACCUCUAACCACGACGUAAGAAAUGAACUAGGGGCUCUUAACACGACCCUUAUUUUGAAGAUAACAACAGAUUUCCAGGUAUUGAAAACAGAUCUUAACACAACAAAAACUUAUCUAGAAGAUGCAGACAUUGAGUUGCAGAAAUCUUUGACAGCUCAAAACUCAACUUUGACCACGAGGACAGAUAAUUUGGACUCAGCGACAAAUCAGCUAUCAUCGAUCCUGGCCACAACCCAAAGUAACCUAGACAGGCUGAAUGAUACACAGAUCAAAAGUACACAAGAGUUUCAAGGUCACCUGUUGUCCAUGGAAGCACGUUUGAACUCUACCGAUGAAGAUCUAAAAUCUUCCACUGGCAACUUACAAAACAAAAUUGAAGAGCUUAAUACAAGUUUUGCAGGCCAGGUCAAUAGCCUUAGCCAAUCCAUCACUGCAGUCCAUUCGCAGUCUAACGAAACAAAGGAAAGCUUCAACAAUUUCAAGAUGCACACUGAAAAUUCUGUUACAUUGGUGAAUGAUGGGCUCAGUAACUUGGAGAAAACGGUGAACUCAACGAAGGACAAAUUAACUUCCCGAAUAGAAAGUACAGACCUAAGGCUCAACAGCACCACCGAAAGACUUGAUCAAGAAGACGUCAGCAUAAUAUCCCUUGUUAAUGACAUCAACACAACAUUGUCUUUGAAGGUAGAGAAUGUGAGUAAGCUCCAGGGCCCCGUUGGACCACGCGGUUUUAACGGCUCUCAAGGAUUGGUUGGACCAGCCGGACCUCAGGGAGUCAAUGGAACACAGGGUCCCCAGGGGGUGAUAGGUCCACAAGGUUUUAACGGAUCACAAGGGUCACCGGGAUCAGAUGGACUCCAAGGAGCCAUAGGACCCCCAGGACCCCCUGGAGCAGGAGACUUUUCUCAAUGUGAGUUCAUGACCAGCACGGACAUAGGAUCCCAGACAGCUUUCCAAGGCAACACUCUUCCAGCUGCAACCAAAGUCAUCCUAACUGAACCAACUGAUAAAAGAAUAGUUGGUGUCACAUGCUCAACAGACUUCGCCCAAUUGUAUAUCUUGGAAGCUGAGAUUGCUCCAUCUACAAACAAGCAAGUGUACCGCUGUGAGUGCUAUGGAAACCAGGGAAGUGCAGGGACAAUCAAAAGUAUUCAAUGCUUUAUGCAUUAUUGGUUGUGUCCCUUAACAACAUAAAAGUGACACGCCAUCUAUUGCCAUGUGUGAAGAAGAAAAUGCAUUGAACUUCAAGAUGGGAUCAAGCGAUACGAACUAAUAAGCAAAAAAACUCAAAAUGUCAGUACUUAAUGUAACUGAUUUUCUUAGUCAUUUUUUGAAAUUAAAGAUGCAGUUGCGUUUUCACCUGCUGUUCUCCUCUCUUAGAAAGAGAAACGUUUUAUAAAUAUAAUCAUACAGUGAGAGCAUUCAAACGAAUUUACUUUCCCAGACUUGAUUUUAGCUGUGAAUUUUUUUAAAUCCCUCUUGUUACAAUAUACCGAAUUACUCUCGCCACUCAGUCCGACAACCAUCAUAAAAUGUGCUCUAUGUUUCUGUUGUUUGAAAACUUAUGAAAACGUUGAGUACAAAAUGAUCUGUUGUAUAGCUCAAGAAUUGAUAUACAGUGAUGAAUACACGCCUUUAAAUGGUGAUCCGGUCUCUCCAUAAUGAUAAAUUAAAAAGUGGUGGAGAUGAAAAAAUGUCAGAGAGGCGAAUAAUUUUCCUUAAAA